CUGUGAAAACGGACAUGGAUUUUGAGCAAGGAGGUGAAGAUGAACAUGCCAUCAGAAUUUGGGAAGUCAACGAGGAUCGACUCAGGUCCAUGGAACACAAACUUUCAAAUACACCAAAACUACUAAGUGUGGCAGCCGGCAAGUCCACCUGCUCCAUCUUCAAAGUUCCUCAAACCCUAAUCGACAUCAAUGGUAAGUCAUACCAACCUCACAUCAUCUCCAUUGGACCCUUCCACCAUGGUCAGCCACACCUCCAGAUGAUCGAGGAGCACAAAUGGCGACUCCUCCGCCAGUUACUGAACCGAACUCAAACCAAAGGGAUGGUUCUGGAGGACUACUUGAAGGCCGUACAACCGCUCGAGGUCAAAGCCCGAGAGUGUUACUCUGAGACCAUCCCUUACGGCAUCGAUGAGUUCAUCGAGAUGAUGGUGCUUGAUGGUUGUUUUCUUGUUGAACUUUUUAGAAAGUUUAAUGGGGGAACGGUAAAGUUCGAUGAAUGUGAUCCACUAAAAACGAUGUCGUGGAUCAUUCCAUUUCUCUUGAGGGAUCUGAUCAGGCUCGAGAAUCAGAUCCCAUUUUUCGUUCUCGAAUGUUUAUUCGAUUUGACAAAGAUGCCAGGUGAGGAGGAGUCGUGCUCAACUCUAGCAACCUUAGCUUUAGGGUUCUUCGAUUACGAUCUACAACGAGGAAACAUUCUCGACAAAUAUGCCAACAUUAAAGCCAAGCACUUGCUCGACCUUCUCCGUUCGACUUUCCUUCCCGCAGAACACGAGCACUCGCAGAAGCCCGACAGCCAUCCACCUUCGCAUGUCAUUCACACCAUUACAAAGCUUCGUCGAGCAGGGAUCAAGUUAAAGCCCGGGAAAGCUGACAGCUUUCUCGUCGUCAACUUCAAACACGGUGUAAUCCACAUGCCCACCAUAACCAUCGACGAUUUCAUGAGCGCAUUUCUGUUAAACUCCGUGGCAUUCGAACAAUGUCACAGUGGGUGCUCCAGACACUUUACUACAUACGUCACAUUGCUGGAUUAUUUGAUAAAUACAUCUAAAGACGUGGGGUAUUUAUGUGAAUCAAACAUCAUCGAGAAUUAUUUGGGUACAGAUGCCGAAGUCGCGACCUUUAUUAACAAUAUUGGGAAAGAUACUUCUUUCGAAAUCGAUACAUGUUACUUGGCUCAGUUAUUCGAUGACGUGAACUUCUAUUCUCGGAGCGAACGAAACAAACAAUGGGCAAGUUUUAGGUACACUUAUUUUGAUACGCCAUGGUCGUUUAUAUCGGCAGUGGCGGCUCUUGUUCUUCUGGUUCUAACCGUGUUACAGACAGUUUACACGAUCAUUGCUUACGUUCAUCACCGUGAUUGAUCGAGCUUCGAAUGAUACAUUAAGGUUUCUUUAUUAACAAAAGCCAAAAGGGAUGGAAUAAUUAACCGUAUUAAUUAAUUAGUAGAGUUAAAGUUAUGAAUUAUUGUAUAUAGUUUAAAUGUGAAUGUUUAAGAAGGUGUAGGUAUUGAAUAUAAAGAAAAUAGUAAAGAUUUUGAC